UGCAGAGGUUAACUGGACACUCUCACCUGACCGUUGGUGUGAAUGGUGAACAGUGAAUCGUUGUCGGUCUCUGUGUGUUUGCCCUGUGAGGGACGGGCGACCUCUCUCAGGGCGUGACCCCCGCCCUUCUCCCCGUGUCGGCUCCAGCUCUAUCCUCCACACGACCUCCACGUCGUGUGGAGGAUAGGAAAGCGUUCGAAAAGUGAAUGAAUCAUGUACAUGAGAGAAUUUAAGAAGCGAUUUAUUUGUGGCCCAUGUGGAAUAAUGGCUCUGAGUCACAGCACCUCCGAGUGGUGACAGUGAACGCAAAACUCUGUGUGCAUUUGAAAUUGAAUGCGCUCGCAUUCAGUGAGAAACUGAAUGAAAGAAGACACCAGUCAGUAAACACGGACUCUCGCUUUGUUGUGAAGUGAAAGGAGAUCCGCGUUAGUCAAUGAAUGAUGGUAAAAAUGUGGCUAUUGUGUACAAUGGGCCGUGAAAUACGUGGCCCCGUAGUAUUUUAUGCAUAAUUUGUGAAGUUUUGUGAAGAAAACUACGCUGUUUUGACGUCUCCGCCUUAACCUUUACACCCUAAAAUGACCCUGCAGUUCAUUUAUUUAUUCUCCACGAUUUGCUUGAGCUAAUUAAACUCAUUCUUUAGCUGCAGAUGCCCUGUGUAGCCUUUUAAAUUCACAAUUCGCUAACACCAUUUUCAAGGCUUACAUAUACUGUAAAUAGUUGUUGUUUUUUUUAUCAUUUCUUUCAAAGAUGUUCUCCUUAAUCUAUUCUUCAGCUUCUUAAUAACAGUGGGAUAACACUGUUGUUGUGUUUCUGUUUCUGAGUAAGUUUAGUAUUCAAGGACGUUCCAGCCGUGAGCAGAACACUUAACCUUAACCAGAGGACACUUGCUAAGCUUCUGCUCAAAGCGGUCAAGCUCCAUUGUUCAAUGAUCUGCAGGUGCUUUAAUUAUAUGCUGUGGUUAAUGUUCAACCCAGAGGAUCUCGGCUUCAUGUGACAUCUCGGCGUGAGCUCUUAGCUUUCGCUUAGGCUGCAGCGCUGGAUUAAGCUUUAUACAAAGCCCCUUUUGCUUGAGCCUGAAAAAUUCUUCUUGCACCUAUUUUUUCCCACAGAUAUGUACAGAUAUGACUGGAGUUCACAGUGUCGGUGAAAUGAGCAUCGCUUGAUAAUGGAGCCUAGAAGUGAGACUAAAAAUGGGAAGCCACGGUCAAAGGACACAGACAGGCCUUCACUCCAGCAGACGCGGCACAAGUUCAGCAGAAUGAUGAGCGACAACACUCCCGACGCGUUCAGAAAUGUGGGUCGGAAGCCGGGCCUGCAGAUAUGGACCAUCAACAACAUGAAGAUGGCGCCUGUUCCAGCCCAAGCCUUUGGCAACUUCUUUGAGGGAGACUGUUACAUUGUUCUACACAUGAGUGAGAAGAAGGGCUCGGCUCAGUCUGCUGACAUUCACUACUGGAUCGGAAACGCCUCCUCUCAGGACGAGCAGGGCGCAGCGGCCAUCUACGUCACCCAGCUGGACGAGCACUUGGGCGGGAGUCCGGUGCAGCACAGGGAGGUGCAGGGCAGCGAGUCGCCACGGUUCAGGAGCUACUUCAAAAAUGGCCUCAUCUACAAGAAGGGCGGAGUGUCCUCGGGUUUCCAGCACGUUGACACAAAUUCCUACAACGUCCUGCGACUGCUGCACGUCAAAGGGAGGAAGAAUGUCACCGCAAAGGAGGUGGAGGUGUCAUGGAGCAGCUUCAACAAGGGUGACAUAUUUCUCCUGGACAUGGGGAAGUCCAUCGUGCAGUGGAACGGACCACAGAGCAACAGGAGGGAGAAGCUCAAGGCCAUCCUGUUGGCUCAGGAUAUCCGCGACAGAGAGAGAGGAGGCCGCGCUCAGAUCGGCGUGGUGGAGGGAGGACACGAGCAGGACUCCGCCGAGCUGAUGAAAGUCAUGACGGCGGUGCUCGGCCAGAGAAGUGGGUCGCUGAAGGAGGCCACGUCUGACGACAAACCCGUCAAGGAGCAGAGCAACAACGUCAGACUGUACCAUGUUUUCGACGACAGCGGUAACGUGGUGGUUCAAGAAGUGGCGGCGCAACCUCUGACGCAAGACCUGCUGCUCUCCUCGGACUGUUACAUCGUGGACCAGAGUGGCUCGAGUGUGAUGGUGUGGAAAGGCAAACAGGCCUCGAAGGAAGAGCGGCGAGAUGCUCUGAACCGAGCACUGAACUAUGUCAAAGCCAAGAGCUACCCGCCCAGCACCAGGGUGGAGGUGAUGAGCGAGGGAGGAGAGUCCGCCAUGUUCAAGCACUUGUUCAAGUCCUGGAGGGAUAAAGGACAAACUCAGGGAAUGGGCAAAACCUACAGCGCGGGAAAGAUAGCUAAGGUUGACCAGGUGAAGUUUGACGUGAUGACGCUCCAUGCUCGCCCUGAGCUGGCAGCGCAGCAGCGCAUGGUGGACGACGCAUCUGGACAAAUCAAGGUGUGGCGCAUUGAGAACCUCGAGCUGGCCGAGGUGAAUCCAAAUACUUAUGGACAGUUCUAUGGCGGCGACUGCUACCUGGUGCUGUACACGUACCUGAGAGGGAACCAGCAGCAGUACAUACUCUACAUGUGGCAGGGCCGUCACGCCACCAAAGAUGAGGUCACAGCGUGUGCCUUCCAGGCUGUCAACGUCGACAACAAAUACAAUGGAGCCCCGAUCCAGGUCAGGGUGGUGAUGGGGAAGGAGCCUCGCCACUUCCUGGCUAUUUUCAAAGGAAAACUCAUCAUCUUUGAGGGCGGCACAGGUCGUCCAGGUGUGGUGAACCCUGACGCUGCUGCCAGGCUGUUCCAGGUCCGAGGGACCACUGAGCUGAACACCAAAGCCACUGAGGUGUUGGCAAGGGCGUCGUCUCUAAACACCAACGACGUCUUCCUGCUGAGGACAGAUCGUAUUUGCUACCUGUGGUACGGAAAGGGCUGCAGUGGGGACGAGAGGGUGAUGGGGAGAACGAUGUCUGAUGUGCUGUCCAAGCAGGACAAGCAGGUGGUGAUGGAGGGCCAGGAGCCAGGGGAAUUCUGGGUAGCUCUGGGAGGAAAGGCGCCCUAUGCCAGCGACAAGAGGCUGCAGAGGGAGGAGCCUCCUCACAAUCCACGGCUGUUUGAGUGCUCCAAUCAGACGGGCCAGUUCAGGAUGACCGAGGUGGACGACUUCGCCCAGAGUGACCUGGACGAGGAGGACGUCAUGCUGCUGGACACGUGGGAGGAGAUUUUCUUCUGGGUUGGAAACUUAGCCAACAAGACUGAGACCAAAGAGGCGUGGAACUGUGCACAGGAGUACCUGAGGAGCCACCCGGCGGGCCGCGACCGCGACACGCCCGUCAUCUUUGUCAAACAGGGACACGAACCUCCCACGUUCACCGGCUGGUUCCACGCAUGGGAUCCUCACAAGUGGAGCGGAGGAAACUCCUAUGAGGAAAUGAAAAAAAAGCUGAGCAGCACAGCAUCACUCUCACAGAUCACGGUCGAUAUGAAAAACUUGAACAUGAAUAAAAGUCCUGUCGGGGGCAGCGGGGGCAGCUACGGGGCUCCAGGAGGCCCCGUGAGCGGCCCUCCACUCUACAGGAUCCACGGAGGCGACGCUUCACCGGGACCCUUGACUCCCACCAGUCCGUCCGUCCAGAGAGGCCAGACAUUUGUGACCAAGACCCUGUCCCCUUCCUCUAGUUUCACUCCAUCAUUCGCAGCCGGUGGAGCGAAGUCCCCCUCUGCUGGGGCCAUGUAUCUGGACCCCGGGCUCCUCGUAGACAAGUCUAUCAGCGAGCUGCCGCAGGGAGUGGACCCCAGCCACAGAGAGAACCACCUGUCUGAUGUGGACUUCCAGAACCUGCUGGGCACCGGCCGCUUAGACUUCCAGCGUCUGCCCAAGUGGAGGCAAAAUGACCUGAAGAAAAAAGCCGGACUUUUCUAAGAGACACAUUUAAACCAGCUGUGUCUCUCUGUGUGAGUCAGGACUGUCGCGGCCUUUAUCAUUUCAUCUCAGUGUCUUUGAGAUUAUCAACCGCCAAAAAGAGUUGCAGUGAUUGCAACACUUGCAUAUAUUUACAAAGCUUAACAGGAUUUUGAUGAUACUUUUACACAUUCUCUCCCCACAUCUCUUGAAUCAUUUAUAUUAUGAAUAAAUACACAAAAACCUCA